AUGACCACACCAGGAGAUAUUAACUACAUUUGGGUAGAAGAAAUAUUCACUAAAUCUGAAUCUGUAAUUUUUCAUAAGAUGCAGAAUAUUAUAGAAAACAUGAAGUAUGUAUUAGAGUUAAAAUCAAAAAUAAGCACUUCUGAAGAACAAAGAAUUAAGUUACAAGAGUAUGUAAAAACAUUAAAAAAUAUGAUUCAUAAAUCAAGUCACUUCCCUGCUUUGAUUUCAAAUAUUAAUAGUGAGUUGAAUACAGUUUAA